AGUGGGCGCAUGUGCGACCCUGUGACUAAUUUUUGUUUUUACUGCUGCCUUGUGCGAGUCCGCAUUACCACGAGCUUGCCCCUGAACCCCAAGCCCUUCCUGAACGGGCUGAUGGGGAAGCCAGUGAUGGUGAAGCUGAAGUGGGAGAUGGAGUACAAGGGCUACCUGGUGUUUGUUGAUGGCUACAUGAACAUGCAGCUUGGAAACACAGAAGAAUACAUAGAUGGUGCAUUAUCAGGGCACCAUGGUGAAGUUUUGAUAAGAUGUAACAAUGUCCUGCACAUCAGAGGAGUAGAAGAAGAUGGAGAAAUGAGAGAAUAA